GGUUUUAAAUAAAAAAUGUGGCUGUAUUGUAGCUACAUCCCGGCCUCUGAUCCCGGCGGGGAGCCCUCUCCACGGAUUUGCCUAAUCCUUUGGAAGCCCCCUCCCCUCCCCGGCCCCCCAUUGUUCUGUCGGGGGUCCCGCGCCCUCUCCCUCCUGCCCCCCGGGCUUUGUUCUCGAUUUGGAGAGGCGGCGAGGCUCGGCUCCGGCUCCGGGAGAGGGAGGCUGCCUUCCAGCCCGCCGUGCGCCCCGGGAGCCUGGACGGCGCGGACGGGAAGGAAGGCGCUUUGGGGGCGCGGGGCGCCGUCCCCUCUCCCAGCAGCCCGGCAGCUUCCAGUGACCUUUGAGGAUGUGGCCGUCUAUUUCUCCCCAGAGGAGUGGCCCCUGCUGACGGACUGGCAGAGGGACCUCUACUACGAUGUCAUGCAGGGCAACUUUGAGCUGGUGGCUUCACUGGGAGCUGUUCCUCCCAGACCGGAGCUUCUGUCCCGGAUUGAGCGAGGGGAAGAGCCCGGCAUUGUGGGUCGCCCUGGGCAAGGGGACAGAGACGCCCAGGGGAGUGCCAGUGCUGGAGAGUCGAGCAUGAGCUGGCGGAGCAGUCGAGCACCGGAGUUGGCGAUGAAGGAGGAGCCGAGGGGGGACUGGAACCCGCCUCCCUCCCCUCCCUGGUCCCUCUCGGGACCCCAGUUCCUUGCCCUCCAAGAGCUGUGCCCCACUUGGUGCCAGGUGGAGCUGACAAACAUCCGGAGCCUUGCCCAAGAGGGGCCUCUGGAGACUGGUGCGCUGCAGGAGCCCCAGCUGCUGAUCUGUGGCGAGUGCGGGAGGAGCUUUGAGGACGGGGGCUCCCUGGCGGACCACCAGGCCACCCACGAGGAGCAGAAGGGUCCCUUCGCCUGCUCUUCCUGCGGGAAGCUCUUCCUCUACCGCCUCAACCUCCUGACCCACAAGAAGCACCGGGCGAAGGCUCAGCUUGCCUGCGCCCCCUGUGGCCUCCGCUUCUGCCUCAAGGGGGACCUCCUGCGCCACCGGGCCAGCCACACCGCCAAGGAACUCUACCCUUGCGGCACUUGUGGCGAGGUCUUCCAGCGCAAGGCCCACCUGCUGGCCCACGAGGCGGUGGAGCAUGCUGCGAGGGCGGGCCGUGACUGCCCUGAGUGCGGGGAGGCCGUGGGCGGGGAGGCGGAGCUCGCGCAGCACCUGGCGGCGCACCAUGAGGAGCGCCACCCCUUCGCCUGCGCCUUGUGCCCAGAGACCUUCAGCUGGAAGGAGGGCCUGCGGCUGCACCAGCGGGCGCAUGCCCAGGAGGAGGGCCACCGCUGCCCAGACUGCGGGAAGAGCUUCAGCCGCCGCGGGAACCUCCUGACCCACCAGCGCCUGCACACCGGGGACCUGCCCUUCACCUGCCCAGAGUGCGGGCGCGCUUUCCCCACCAACGUUGCCCUUGUGGCUCACAGCAAGAUGCACCUCCGGGGCAAGACUUUCGCCUGCCAGCAGUGCGGCGGCUGCUUCCGCUCGCGGGAGAAGCUCCUCCAGCACCAGAGCCACCACAACGGGCGGCCGGAGGAGGACGGGGUCAAGGAGGAGGGCGAGGCGUAAUGCCCCCGUUCUGCCUGUAGGUGGAGCAAGUCAGACUCGGGGAAUCCCUCUCUCUCUCUCCAUUAUCUCGGACUUGUCAUAAAUCUGUUUUUCAAAAACGCA